AUGUCUAACGAGGGAUACGACCUACGAGAUGAUUUUUAUGAAACAUUAUCCAAAAAAUAUGAUGACGCAUUGAUUUCAAAACACAUUUUAUACAACGGUGAGUCGGUUGUUAACGAAAUAAUUCAAUUCCCAAUUGAUGACAAACAUUCUGCAAAUGCUCAAUUGACACUUCUUACAUCAUUGAUGCAUAGACCAGAGAAUAAUAACAAGAAGAAUUCGGAAAAUAAUCCAUUUGAAAAACCUGAACCAGAAUUAACAAUUUUAGACGACUAUGGAGCGAAUAAAGAGUUGAAGUUAGUGUUUAACAAGUAUCCGGUUAAUUCGAAACAUUUUUUAUUAGUAACUAAAAAAUAUUCAUCUCAAAAUUCACCAUUAUUACCUACUGAAUUACUAGCAACUUAUACCAUUUUGGAAAAGCUUGAUAAAUUAAAACCCGAAGGUGAAGAUUGGUUUGCAUUUUAUAACUGUGGUCCAGAAAGUGGAGCUUCUCAAGCUCAUAAACAUAUUCAAUUCAUGACUCUUCCACCAAAACAAGAGUUCAUAUCGUAUCCCGAAAUAUUGAUAGAAAAUAACUUAUUUGAAAACAAUGCAAAUAAUAAGUUACAUAUUCAAGAUGCUAAUGAACCUUUAGAGAAUAAAAAUCUACCAUUUAGUCAGUUCAUCAUGAAGUUGCCAAAAAAUAAAGACGAAAUUACUGAAGAUGUCUUGACAAAGUCUUUUACCUCACUAUUGCAACAUACCUUAACUGUUUUACGAAAUAAUGAAACCAAACAUAUAUCAUAUAACUUUGUUAUGACUACUGAGUUCAUGCUUAUGGUGCCUAGGUCAAAGAGUAAAUUUGAUGAUCAAAUUGGUAUUAAUUCAUGUGGAGUCUAUGGACUCUUAUUAUGCAAAAAUCAAGAAUUAUUUAACACGGUAAGGGAAGUGGGUAUUCUCAAGAUCUUACAAGAAGUGUGCUUGCCAAAUUCUGGUGAAUUUAAGUUUGAUGAAUAUAGUUAUUAA